GUAUAUGUUAUAUGAGUGUAAGUGUAUGAAAUAAUAAUGACUGUGACUGACACUAUUUGGAUGUGUUUGUAAUUAAAUGGCGAUUCUUGCACAGUGUUGUACUGUGUACAUUAAUUCUGUGAAAAUAACUAUUUCUUCUAAAAAUAAUCGUGUUGUAUGAAUAUAUUUUUUAUUGCUGCAUAUCCAAAAUGCGUUCUGUGGUGGAAAUAGGUGCGAGCGUCCCAGCUUUCCUUGGAAAGUUAUGGAAAUUAGUGAAUGAUGCCGAGACAAACCAUUUGAUUUCAUGGAGUCCCGGUGGAAAAACAUUUGUAAUAAAGAAUCAAGCAGAUUUUGCAAGGGAACUCUUACCACUCUAUUAUAAACACAAUAAUAUGGCAAGUUUUAUCAGGCAGUUGAAUAUGUAUGGCUUUCACAAAAUCACAUCAGUGGAAAAUGGUGGACUGCGAUAUGAAAAAGAUGAAAUUGAAUUUUCACAUCCAUGUUUUAUGAGAGGUCAUGCUUAUCUCUUAGAGCACAUAAAGAGAAAGAUUGCAAAUUCAAAGUCGAUUGUAAGCAGUGAUAGCGGAGAGAAAAUUUUGCUGAAACCAGAAUUGAUGAAUAAAGUGCUAGCAGAUGUUAAGCAAAUGAAGGGCAAACAGGAGAGUUUGGAUGCUAAGUUCAGUGCUAUGAAGCAAGAAAAUGAGGCCUUGUGGAGGGAGGUGGCCAUACUUCGUCAGAAACAUAUAAAGCAGCAGCAAAUUGUAAAUAACCUCAUUCAAUUUCUGAUGUCCAUGGUGCAGCCAGCUAGGGCCCCCCAGGCCAAUAACAGCAAUGUUGGGGUAAAGAGGCCUUUUCAGCUUAUGAUAAAUAAUGCUGCUUACAAUUCAGGGACAGACGGUUACCCAGGGAAACUCAAGAAUGUAAAACUUGAAAAAGAAACAUUGGAAGAGUUAAUUGAUGAUAACUUGGAAGAGGGGCCCACUAUCCAUGAAUUAGCUCAUGAUGACAUUUUACAUAAUGAUGCUUCUCAAGAAUCAAUAGAUCCCGAAGACUAUGUUACUGUAGGUGUUCCACUGGUUAAUUCCAAUGUUGCUACAGAACAAAGUUCGGUGGAUCCAGCUAAUAUUCAAUACCAGGUCACUUUAGAGGAUGGGGAUGAUGUAGAAUCAGAAACACCAGGAACAGUGUUUUUCCCUAUUGUUGAGUCCACUACAACAUCUUCACCCACUGUGACUACACCGGGAUCUCCAGAACAUAUCAAAUAUGUAGUGGUUUCACCUGGGACUUCAAAACUCAAAACUAGAAACACAACAAAAACUUCAAAACCUGCACAGAAUAUAAAGUCCUUGGUGUCAUCAAGUAAUUUCAAUUCUAUGAACCCUUCAGCUGAUUUGAAGCUGCCUGCUGAGAUUUUUGCCAGUGAUGACUCGGUCAGUGAUGCUGGUGUUCCAGUAUCAGAUGAUAUAUCGGUACAGAACUUAUUAAAUGAUAUUGUAUCUGACUCGAACCCCAGCUCCUCAUUUACCAAAGAUAAAAUGCUUGGAGGAAUAAAGCUAGACAAGGCAAACAUAAAACCAGUAUCCAAAAAGGCCAAGAAAACAACUAAAAAUAACACAGAUUAUGAGAACUUGGCAGAUAUUAAGACAGAACUCCAAGAUGGCAUUGACUGGAGCAUUGCGACAGUUAACAAUAAUUCUAAUGCAAACAGAUUUCAAUCCAGGAGUAGGAGGGAUAACAACGGGAUAAGUCGAGAGGAACUUUCUUCCCUCUGUGCACCCAAUACAAACAAAAACGACAUUGAUGAUCAUUUGGACACUAUGCAGUCAGAUUUGGAAUCACUAAAGGAACUUUUAAGAAGUGACUCUUACUCCUUGGACACUAAUACUUUGAUGGGGACUGCUGAGGCGAGCAUAGGACCUAUGAUGUCCUUCGCCAUUCCUUCCUGCCAACCAACCACAAAUCCAUGUUUAUUUGGAUCAGAUGAUCCCUUCUAUGGACUCUCUUAUAACUUGAACGAUCGGGCGAAGCCGUCUAACAGUGCUGAAGAGAAUCAGCUUAUCUCGUAUACAGGGAAUAUUCCAGACUUUGAAGACAUAGAUAUGCCAGAACUGGAGGGUGAUAAUUCACAAGAAGCCGUCGCGGCGCCUUCGCCCUGCCCUUCCACCUUGAACACCCCGCAAGUGGAGGUACACUCGCCGGCCACAUGGAAGUUAAAACCAUGAGGCAAGUCUAAGAAAAGAUGUAGCAGGAAAAAGAAGUGAAAGUGAUUUGGACUUUGUAAUUUUGGUCUAGUUAGAGAUUAGCGUCAUACUGGUGUCAAUUUUAUUGAUAUAUCAGUCACUUUGUCUGAUCGUAUAUUGUAUAAACUAAAGUUAACCUAAAGAGUUUGUAAGUUCUUGUACAAUAUUGUUAAAUGUAUAGUGAUAAGUAGUAUAGUGAAAAACUAAAAAUCUCGUUUUAUGGAUUUCCAUAUGAGGACUUUUUGUGACACAUCUAGACAAAAAGUAAUAUCGUGUUCAUUCUGAGCAAUGUCUUAUCGUCAGAUGACGUACUAAAUUCAUUAUAUAUUUAUUUCAAAAAAUAACGAAGCUAUAAGGCUGUGCCUGUAACAAUAACGUGCUGCAUACUUUGGUAGGUAUUGUACUUAUCUAAAAAGAAUUUUGUUUAAUUUUUGUAUAAUAGGUACGUAUCCUACCUAUUUGCAUUUUUUUGGUAUCACUUAAGUAUUAUAACGUCUGCCUGUGAUCUGAUUCCCGAGAUGAACUGGUCUUUCCAUGGGUAGAAUGUAAUAAUAAGACUAAUCAACAAAUACAAAUUCUUCAGUAUAUUUGGAAGAUAUGUUGAAUAAUAAAAUAAUAAAAAAAACUUGCUUCAGCUGUGCCUUAAUGAAAAGAAUAAAAAUAAACUCUUAUAAAAGACGUGCAAUAUGUGAGUAAAAGGGUGUCGCGCAAAGCGGGAAGCUCUUAGUCUUUUGAUCUUACUUAUGGUAUUAACUAGUCAUAUUGUUUGAUCUAAUCUGCUUUUAAGUAAGAUACGCAUUUUUUUCUUUGAAUAUUAAAUUUUAUCGUCAUUUUGUUGUAAGUGAAUAUUUAACUCAAAAUUUCUGUAUGAUUUUUUGUGAUUUGAAAUUCAAUAUAAUUUUUAAUUUUUUGGCUAUUUUCUCCACUAUAGAAACAAAAGCAAACAUCUUUACAAAUUACCAAUAAGUUUGUGCUGUGCCCGUCGGACAUUACAAAAAAAAUUAUGAAUGCACAGCCGAAAUUACUUUCGCUGAAAUAAGAUUUUUGGGGCAAGAAUUGUAAAAAUAUAUCAAAAUAGCUGUAGUUAAUGAUGCUGCAAAAUAGCUGAGCUAAGAAAGAACCCAAUAUUUUUUCUGAGUGCGUUCUAGAUUUUAUGAUAACGACACAGGGUGAUCACGAUGCGUGAAACGAUUUUUUGUGGUUAAUAUAGACGUGCAGUUAAACUGCGGCAAUUGAUUCUAUCAGAAGCAUAACAACUUUAGGAUAUUUGUAUAAUUAUUGUUUGUUGUAUAAAGUAAAUUUUUGAAUGUUAAACACAAGCUUUGGUAACCGUUUGGUCUGUAAAUUGUAUUCAUAUGGAUUGUGAUUUUUUUGACUUGGUUUGUAUUAUAGUGAAGACAAUACUGUCAUCACCAUUCAACAAACUUGAAGUUGUGUAAAACAACAGCCCAUGUAUAUAAUGUGUAUAUUUAAAGAUAUUUAAGAUUAGGUACUUACUUUUAUAAGAUAUCAUCUUGUUUGUACAAACACACCAUCCUCCUAAACAAUUAACUAGAUAUGUGAAUUAACAGCACAUUUUCAUAUAAUCAUAAAGUACAAAAUUCUAAUUGCAAAGUGCAGGAUUAUUUGAUGUCUUUGUUAGACGUGAGGAGUAAAUUGCGGUUUGAAUUGAGUUACACUGUACAUUCUACUAAUAGAAUGAAUGUACGUAUUGGUGGGAUCGCUGAAUAAAAUUUUAUUAAACUAAGUGUGUCCUUGAGGUUCUUAUAUGAAGAAAAUAUCCCAAAAAUUGCAUAUGGUAACUUCAUCAUGACAUCAAGGAGUGAAAACCAUAUUUUGAUACCAGUUUAUUUACUUGUUCUCCACUAGACAACAUACUUUAUCAUUGUAUUCUUAUCAUAUUUCACGUUGUCUUUUGUGUCAUAAAAUUAUAAUUUUACAUAACAUAUGUAUAUUAUUAGUUCUAUGCAAAAUUGUUAAGUUGUAAAAUUUAUUAAAUUAGCCAUUGUAUAAUAACAUUAUGCUAUUAUGAACAAACUUUGCUAGACUAAGAUACUUUUAAGAAUGUACUUUUAUUUAAUUAUAAGUUAUUUUAAAAAUAUAUUGUAUUAAAAGAUUGCU